GUCCCCCCGGACCCUGCAUUCACUAUAGCUGGUCUCCCCGGACUCUGCAUUCAUUAUAUCUGGUCUACCCAGACCCUGUAUUCACUAUAUCUGGUCUCCCCGGACCCUGAAUUCACUAUAUCCGGUCACCCCAGACCCUGCAUUCACUAUAUCUGGUCUCCCCGGACCCUGAAUUCACUAUAUCCGGUCUCCCCAGACCCUGCAUUCACUAUAUCUGGUCUCCCACAGUAGACACAACAUGGAAAUGCACUCCCCCAAGAAAAAAAAAAAAACCUCUCUAGCAAUACACACCAAACUGAGCAUGUGCAUGUGACUAGGGGCUCAGUCUGUCUUAUCAGGUG